GUCAUUGUACUUUUAGGACCAAGUGGAUGUGGUAAAACAACGUUUUGCUUAAAGAGAAAUGUAGGACAACUUCCACGUCAUGCUCAAAGUAUGUUUUUGUCAACCGGAGAUGAACUUCGCAAAGGAAGUUGUAUCAGUCCAUGGCUGAAGUCUAAUGUGACAGAGAUAAAAGAAUAUUGCCAUAACAUGAUUUGUAACACAUUCGUGGAUUUUAAAGAAUCGACGAAACACGAACUUAUUUUGGAUUGUGUUAAAGACUUAAACGAUGCAGAGUUUGUCGCAACACAAGCAAAUAUAAAUGGCCUUGAAAUAACCCGAGCAUUUUUAUUUGAUAUCGAUGAAGAGGAAUUAAAACUAAACUGGCAGAGUCGCGCAGAAAAUAAAGAUAUGUUGCGAAUGAUGUUCGAUUCUCCCCAUGAAUAUUAUUUUAAGUGGAAGAGGGAAUCAGUUGACAUGAUUAACUAUUACACGAAAUUAAACUUGCUUUCCAAAAUUCCUGGUAUCGAUCUACAGUUUUGGAAUCGUAAUGAGGAUAAGUCAUUUUAUGACUAUCCAAUCUGCCUGCCGCCAAAUAACCUGCAAUUCAUGCUUCUGGAUUCCAAACGAAUACAAAAUGUGUUCCAAAAGUUGCUUUCGAUUUUGAAUAUUUGCCAGUUUCAAUUUGCUCUUCCGGCCAGCUUUGUGCAUAGCAACCGUGAUGUCAACUGGAUUGCGAACCCAGCACGUUACUAUGUUACCGUUAAGGCAGAUGGUGUACGUUGUCUUUUGCUCAAAAUCCAAGAUGGAGCUUACUUUAUCACCAGAAGGAAUGAGAUUUAUCCUUGCCACAUCGAAGAUGAUCAGUUGCCUGACAACACUGUUCUCGAUGGAGAAUUAUUGCCUUCUACAUUCAUCUCAGAAAUUCAGGCUAAGAUAAGCCCAUGUCAGCUUAAGAACAAUGUCUUUCUGGUGUUCGAUGUUCUUGCACUGUCAGGGGAUGUCUUGUGGAAAUGGCCAUUCAGUAUUAGACGGGAAUGCCUUGAUAAACUGCCAAUCAGGAAAGAUAUUGUUGGUCUGAUGAAGCAAGCAUCAGUAAGUGAUCAAUUUUUACCUGAGGAUAUGUCAUAUGACGAAGGCGAAUUGCUCACAGUCCAUUGUGCAAUCAAAGGACAUCGUCCAUCCACACCAGACGACAUUCAAAGAUGUCUUCAGUCUGCAUUUCCAUAUCCUUUUGACGGAUUGAUUUUUACACCGGACAAAGCCUAUAUCUUUGGACGCGAUCCAUUGAUGUUUAAAUGGCAAAAUGAAGAUGAUUUACACUGUGAUUUACAACUGGAUUCUACUGGAAAUGAAUCAGACAGUUCUGAUGUAUUUAAAUGUCGUUGGAAUGCAACCAAGAGUUCCUGGGACGCACUUUUUGUGCGCUAUGAUAAGAAUGCACCUGAAUCCAUUGAGACCGUUGCCCAUUUAGAGAAGAUAUGUCAAAAACCAUUCACAAAGGAGAACCUUCUGUCAAACCUUGCUCAACAUCGAAGCAUCAUGAAUGUGACAGAUAUAUCUGCCGGUGAUCAUCCAGCUAAUAGUCUUUCAUUUGAUGAACUGUUCUUUAAGAUUGAAGAUUUAGUCAAAGUUGGUAAAGUUGAUAAAACCGUUGAUUCAGCCACAGGUCUAGAAAUCUUCACCUAUCAUCGCUCCACAGCUUUGUUCAGUGAUCCCAUUGUUCGUCUUUCUCGUGGCCUCGUUCUUCAUCCACCAUCAAAGACUGUCGUUACAAGGCCUUUCGUCAGAUUCGAAUUCUUUGAAGAUACUGGCAGUCGUGAUCCUAAUGAAAUGGUUGAAGCUACUAUAAAAUAUGAUGGAUCACUUGGAAUUGCAUUCUUGUGGAACAAGGAAGUUUUGGUGACGACCAAACGAAGAAUGGAUUCAAAUCAAGCGAUUUGGGCGAAACAAUGGAUCAAAGAUCACUGUAACCUCUCCAUGUUUCAAGCAGGAUAUACAUAUCUGUUUGAAAUUAUUUACCAGAAUAACACCGUUAUUGUGAGCUAUUUCUUUGAAGGUCUUGUCUUGCUUACUAUCAAUGACGAAAAAGGUCGUGAAUUAUCGUACAACACAAUGCUGCGUUUUGCCAGAGCUACUGGGUUCUUUAUGGUAACACCACGCAUAACUGCUCCGUAUUCAGAGGUACUUUGGUACUGCGGUGGGAUUGAAUCGAGUAAAGAAAGAACGACAUCUCCCAACCUGCCUUCAUCUACUUCAGGAGCUAUGCCAGUUAAUAAAAAGCGACAAGAAGGAUGGGUUAUAAAGUUCAGUGAUGGUACUAGACAGAAGAUCGUCUACAACUGGUGGAAGAAUGCAUCAAAACUUGCACAAAUUGUUCACCCUCGAGUUGUCUGGUCGUUGCUUAGGCAUGGCAAAAUCAAAGAGGUGUUUGAAAAUGCACCAAAUCACAUUCGGGUUGAGAUUCGUCGCAUGGUGCAAGCAAUCGGAGGCAAGUUUGAAGAAACGUUGCACCUGGUCGAAAGCUGUCUUAAAAGGUCCCGUUCUGAAGAUUUAUUUAUGAUUACGGAAGACCGGUGGAAAGAAAAAUCAAAUCACAAUGAUCUUGAUGAGUUCACGAUAUCAAUAAAAGACGACGAUCCCAGCAAGGAUAGUUUGCGCCAACUUGUUUCUGAACUCAAGCCAUACCGCCAUGUGGUAAAUAAAAGGCCACUGCUAGAAUAUCCACCAGUUAGCAUUACAAUGCAAACUUUCCACCAUAACUCUUCGCCGAAAGUCAAUCUUUCGCCAUUUUUUGAUUCUUCAAAACUCAACUUUCUCCGGUUACCAAUUCUCGAUUUCAUUCCUCCAACAUCACUGGAUUUGGAAGGUUAUGAACUUAGCGAAAACUUCAGGCAGACAUGGUGCAAGGGAUGGAAAAACCUUACGAUGACUGCCCAUUGGCAAGUUGUACAAAGAGUUUUGCAAGGAUUUAACAGCUUUCCAUUACUCCUUCACAUGCCCGUUGAAAUACUCAUCAGGAUUUUACAUCUUCUUGAUCACUCAAGCUUAACAUCGUUGGCAAAAGUGUGCGUCCAUUUAAGGCAAGUCAUAAAAUCCUGUAGAUCACAGCUGUUGUACAAGAAAUUUGAGAACUUUGAGUAUGAACUGUCUGAAGACGAGUCGUGGACUAUAAAUUAUAGGGACUUCUAUGAUCCCGAAAACGAAGUAUACAUUUACCAUGACAGUGAUGGUUACCUUCAGUGCGGCUAAUCUUCCUGAAACCGUGUAGACCUUCAAGAGACACUGGGAAUCCUGUGUGAGGGGCAUAUUGGAAAGC